AUGAAAUCCCUGAGGUCCUAUUCUCCAUGCUCUUGCCAGAAUCUGGAUCACUUCCAGUUCAGAAAACCUGUGAUGGAAGAAAUUAAUCAAGGCUCACUGGAUGAUAUUUCUCAAACUAAGGAAAUUCUGAGAUUGGAGCAGGCAAAAAAGAAUAUUGACAACCUGAACUUGGAUCUUGAAAAUGAAAUGCUUACCCUAGAUGAAGCAAACCAGGACCUUCUUGUGAAAAUCCAAGAGAAAGAACUACAGAUUCAAAGUCUAGAAAAAGAGAUCACCAAGUCAAUACGCCUAGCCUGGGAAAGAGAUGAAUUUAACCGCACAGCAUGUGAAAGGGAAGAAGCACUGAAAACCUUGGAAUUGGAGACCACAAAACUGGAAAAGAGUAAUGGGACACUGGUUAAGAAUGUGAAUGAGCUGCGGAUGAAGCUUUCCAGGAAACCACCAGAGAAUUCACAAGAAGUUGAAACAGAAAAACUAAAACAGAUGUUGGAGGAAUCAAAGGUGAAAUUACAAAAGGCCGUAACCUUAUUUGCAGAACAGGAAAAAGAACUGACCGAGGUAAUAUCUGAGUGCCAAUCUGUGGAUCAACUUUGUAAAGAUCAGGCUUACUACAUAAAGAAAUACCAGGAAAUCCUGAGGCUGAUGGAGAAGGAUAGAGAGAUACUGCUCCUUGAAACAGAAGUAGCCAAAGCCCAGAGCAUAUCCAGUCAUCAGUCUGGUUUGAUUCUGGAGGAGAAAUUGUUUAGAAAAAGGCAAACACGUUUUUGGCUCAGGAUUUUCCAGUUUGUAUUCUUGAUGGUCCUGCUCCUCACCAGGCUGCUGAGUUUUGGGCUUUUGUAUGUUCAUGUUAUAAAUCCAGAUUUUGUCCUGGACAAUCUGCCCAAGAUUAUGGAUAGAGACACCUUGUGGAAAAUUAGGAACUUUCUACUUCCAUCUCUCAAUCUCCAUGUACAGGACAUUUUGCCACAUUAG